CUAACGUAAAAAAAAAUCGUCGAAAACUGAACAGGACGGAAGAAUUUUAAUAAGCGUUUUACUAAGUUUUUAGUGUAUUUAAAAAUAGUGAAACAAUUUGAUUUCAUUACCUAACUUUAUUGAGAAUAGUAACACAUAAUAAAACCAAUGGCAGCAAUUCGCAAAAAGUUAGUCAUUGUUGGCGAUGGAGCAUGUGGCAAAACUUGUCUGCUGAUCGUGUUCAGUAAAGAUCAGUUCCCUGAAGUUUAUGUGCCAACAGUUUUCGAGAAUUAUGUGGCUGAUAUUGAAGUUGAUGGAAAGCAGGUUGAGCUGGCUUUAUGGGAUACGGCUGGACAAGAAGAUUAUGACAGAUUACGUCCAUUGAGUUAUCCCGAUACAGAUGUCAUCCUUAUGUGCUUCUCCGUAGAUUCGCCGGAUUCAUUGGAAAAUAUUCCAGAAAAAUGGACGCCAGAGGUGAAACAUUUCUGCCCAAAUGUACCAAUUAUCUUAGUCGGUAACAAAAAAGAUCUCAGAAAUGAUCCGCACACAAUCAAAGAGCUUGCAAAAAUGAAACAAGAGCCGGUGAAGCCAUCAGAAGGCAAAGCCAUGUUCGAGAAGAUUAAUGCUUUUGCAUAUUUGGAAUGUUCCGCCAAAUCGAAGGAAGGCGUACGAGAAGUGUUUGAAACAGCGACGAGAGCUGCAUUGCAAGUAAAAAAGAAGAAGAAGAAUCGAUGUACAUUGCUUUAAAUUCUGAUUGCGAUGUCUUCGCAAAACACACAAAAAAAAUCUUACACAAAAACAAAACCACCCACAAUACAACAACACUCAGCAGUUCCAUUCAACAUUUUUCCUGUUUUGUUUUUUGAAGUAACAAAAGAAGAAGAAAAAGUAAAAGCUUUUCUUUUUUUACUAAUCAAGAAAAAGAAAUGUCGAUCCAGAGAGAGAAAGAUAAAUCAAAAAUGUUUUUAAUUUGAAUGCUCUUUGUGUCUCUAAAAUGUAAACUUAUUUUUUUUGUCAAACAACACGGAAGAUUUUCGUAAUUAUUUCCUCAAUUUAAUCAAUAUUUUAGAUGAAUAGAUAAACCUUAGAUGCUUUAUUUUGUACUCUGGAUAAUUAAUCUAUAAUAAUACAUUUUUUCCUUUUCUCCAUUCACAUUAUUUAUCUUUUGUCGUGUUUCAAAAAAGAAAAAGAAAGAAAGAAGAUGAUGAUAUAAAAACUUGUAAUUUAUGAAUCGAACGUAUAAAAAAAUAUAAACAGACAUUUAUGAUGAAAAAAACAUAAAUGAAAUAUUUGAACAGAAAGGAAAAUUCAGGAAGUUUUCUAAUGACGUUUCUUUUCAUUUCUUUCUCUCAACACGCUUUUCAUUUUUCAUCUUUUGUUUUAAUUUUUGUUUAAUAAUAUUUUCGAUAGCAAAAUACAGAGAAAAAUAUUUUUGCUUACUUUCCUUCCUUCAAUUUCCUAUCGAUACGAAAAAAUUUUUAUUAUUAUUGGAAGAAAACAGUUCUUACACUAAUUGAAAUGUAUUUUUAAUUUUCUCGCACAUCUGGCCCGUGAUCAUUCGAUCAUAAUGAUGAUGUGAAAAAAGCGAGGAAAACGAUAAAGAAAGAAAGAAAAUUGUAUACUUAAACAAGCGGGUUUACCAAGUAUCCGACGUGAGUGAUCGAUCUGGUUUGAAAAAGGAAAACAAAAAAUGUCGGAAAUUGUUUUUUUCAAAAAUCUUAAUUUAAUUUGGGUUUUCAAUGCCUUAAUAUGAUCAGAAAUCACUUCUCUUCCAUCCCUCCAUCAAUCAUUAACAUCAUUUCAUUUCUUCUUCGCUACCAUUUCUUCCGUGAAUUAACAUUUCAAUUUUUUCGACGAUCAAUAGCUGAUGUAGGAAGAAAAUAAAAUAAAACGCCUUUUUUCGCUUUUAGCGAACUCACCUCUGGGAUGGGAUAAAAAACAUUAUUUUUCUUCGUAAAUCGUUUACUAUAAAAGUGAAAUUACAUCUACUACAAUUGAGAAAUUAUUAUAAACAAAGAAAAAGAAAAAAAAAUUAAAAAAAUGAAAAACAAUGAAAAACGAAAUCUUAAAAAAAACAAAUAAAAUAUUAUUAGACCAAAAAAAUGUAAAAAAAAUAUCAUAAAAUUUUGUGUUUUUUAAGUAGACUGACCAUCACUGGAUGUUUAUCAAUUUUUCAUCCAGAUACUCGAUCUUUUCAGGAUAUUUGGUGACAUUUUAUUGUUCAUGUUUUUUUGCUUCCUCAUUUCGCAGAUUGAUUCUUAUUAAAAUGCUGGAUACAUUAUCUGGUCAGCCUACUGUUACAAGAAUACAUUCGCACAAUAUCUGUUAUUUAUCAUCUUAUCAGUUCUCAUCAUCUCCCUUCCCCAUUCUUCCCAAACAAUUCCACAAUUCAUCUCUUAAGUUGAGUGUCAAUGUGACUUUACACUAAAAUAUUUUAUUUCAAUUCAUUGUUUGUAGCAAGAAACGAACUUUUAAAUGAAAAUAAUAAUACUAAAAAAUAUCUUGAUUAAAAGAUAUGAAGAGAAAGAAUUAUUGUGUAAAAAGAUAAAUCUUUAAUAAGAGAAAAAAGGCCUAAUUUUGUAUCAACUGAAUAAUUGAUAUAAACUAAUGAAAAUGCAUCAAGAAUAAAAUUCAUGUAACUAUUCUCAUAAUCGCGGCUUUUCCUUAUCCCAAUUUAUCCUUCAAAAGCUGGAAAAAUAUUCAUUAGGUAGAUGAGACAAAAAUAAAAAAUCUUUGACUGUUUCUUUGACAUUUUUUAAGAAAUAUUUUUCAUGAUUUUUCUUUUGUUCGAUACGAGGAAAUCGAAAAGACUCGGUCAUGUAAUUGAUCAUGAAUAGAAAUAUCAGAAAUGAAAUUAUAUCACAAUUUUCUUGAAAUGAAAGUUUUUAGUCAGAAAAUUUUAUUGAUGAAGUGCCUAAUUUGAACGCUUGAGAAAGUUUCAUGAUAAAAUUUGACAUUAAAUAUUUUCUUUAACUCUAAACUUAAUUUUAGGUUUGUUUUUUAAAAAUGGUCGAUUUCUUCUUCAUUUCUUUAAUGAAAACGAAAUCAGUGAAAAUUCUCAAUCAAUCUUCUCAUGGAAAAGGUUUUUCAUUUCCAUUUUUUUUUCUGUUUUGGUAAUUUGAAUUUGGUAAGCUCUUCGGUUACAUUGAAAUUGUUUAUAAAGAAAUCUUUUUUAACUUGUCGGCUAUUUCUAAAGCUUAGUAAAUGAUUUACCGUAAAAGCUAUAAAAGUAUACAUAGAUACAUGUAUUUAUAUAAAAAAGAUUUAGCUAACUGAUCCUAUUGAGAUUAAGAGAAAUAACGGAAAAAAUGUCUUCUGACGAGAAAUCAUUUGAAAAUCAUUAAAUGUAUUUGUAAUUCUAACUUUAUUGCUGACUAAUAUGAGAAGCAUAACGUGAACUUUUUAAUACAUGAACAAGAAAUAAUGUCUUAAGCUAAUCAAAUUAAUCAGUGAGGGUGAAGAUUUUUUAAGUACGAAAAAAAUUUAAACGUGAAUAUGGAAACAUGAUCAUCGAUUACAAGAUGACUUGCUUGUAUCUCCUUUUUAUUACAAGAAUAAUAAAAAAUAAUAAAAAUAUUAUCAAGAAUAAGCCCAUCGCGUUGCUGCCAAGGUUUUAAUUCUCUCUUAUAAAUUCUCCAAGAAAAAAAAGUAUUCGAUAGAUAAUCACCAUGUUUUAUGAUCACAGAAUAUGUUUUUUGCAUAAAAAAUUUCUUUUAAUAAAUUGUUGGAGCGAAAAUGAAAAUAUUAAUGAACUGCUUUAAAUUCUUGGAUUGGACACUUUCAAAUUAUUUGAAGUUUCAUCAAAAUUUAAUUAGCUUUAAAAUAUUGGAAAUAUAUAUUUUUUUCUAACAGAUUGUAAGAUUAUAAUGAAUAAUUGAAAGAAUUUAGAUCAACAAAGUCAAAGAAUUAUUUUAUUUAAGAUUUCAUAGAAAAUACUUGAAAAAAUAUUUAAUUACAUUUUAUUUCGAUGGUUCAAGUUCAGAAUGUCGCUAUUGGAAUCAUAAUGAUGUGUUUAUGAUUAAAACAAGCUUAUUUAUCAUUUAACUGUCAUGCAAUUUUUCCGAUAUUUAUUGAAAUAAAGACCAAUUAAAAAA